AUGUUUCCUUCAGUGUUUAAGAGAUCCACGCUAACCGGUACUGCGGUGCGUCCACUCCAAUUCCAAAGAUUCUAUUCCGUCAAGGACGUGAUCACCAAAGAAGACACUAACGAAGUAUCGCUCACCGAACAACAACAAGAACUCCCAAAGGAAAUCAUAAGCGGUGCUCCAAAAGAAUUAGUCACUGAACGUCAAGUGCGUAUUUACCAAGAGGCGAAGUCUGCCAUGCAAUCUGCUCACAAUAACGGGAAGUUCUGGAGAAUUGAUUGGGAUGUCUUGGGCAAAGGUAACCGCUGGGAAAAUGAUCUUAUGGGUUACCAAGGAAGUUCUGAUUACAUGCAAGCUUGGGCUGUCAAGUUCGAUACUUUGGAAUCUGCUAUUAGAUUCGCUAAGGGCCAAGGUUGGACCUACUACGUUCAAGAACCAAAGCACAGACAUAUCAGAAAGAAGGAGUACUCCGACAACUUCUUCUAUUCUAAGGGUCCUUUGAAGCACAUCAGAACAAAGUAG